CUUGGUGUGUGCAGUCAGAAUUGCCGGCGCUAAUUUGAGAUUCUUUGCCUAUUUAUUACAUUAUUCGCCAAAUUAGCCUUUGCAAACUGUGGUAAUUAGCAAAAAGGAGUUGUGAUUCUUUUUACAUUGUGCUUUUGAUUUCAUUGUAACGUACCGUGCGAAAAACACAAUUAAAAAUAGCUGUUUCACAAACAGUCAACUUUAUCAAUAACGAACAAGCAGAAAUCCAUUGUUCAUUGCAUUAUGGAUUCUCCUGAGAAUCCACCAACUGGAACCGAGGCAGAUAUUACACAAGAUGCUGUAGAUAUCUAUGCAUUGCUCAGCAUUUUACUCGUUGCUUUUAUGUGGGGAUCGACCAAUCCUUUCAUCAAACGCGGCAGUAUCGGAUACAACGAACUGAAGGCAAACAGCAAAUUGGGUCAGCUUUGGCUGGAAAUUUGUUUUCUUAUCUCUCGUUGGCAGUAUUUACUUCCAUUGCUUAUCAAUCAAUUGGGUAGCAUCGUGUAUGUUUUAACUCUUCAAAGGACCGCACUAUCGCUCACCGUCCCGAUGGCAAACUCCUUAACAUUCGUCUUUACGGCCAUAACCGCGCGACUGCUAGGAGAACGACAAUCAGGCUGGAAAAUUUAUUGUGGAAUGGCUCUAGUCAUACUGGGAACUGUUAUCUGUGGAAUAGAUAAAGUAUUGUGAUAAAUUCUGAACGUAUUAUUUACAGUAUCUCUAAUAUUAGCCG